CGCAGCUCGUCCUCGUCCCGCCAAGCUCAGGAGCCUCCGUCGGCUCAAAAUGACUACGAUACUUCGCAUCUAGCCGCAUCCCAGUCCAAGCGCAGCUCCAGCCGAGAUCGCCCACCGCUCUCCUCUAAUAACAGGGCCGCGGACGCCUCUCGAUCCCAUCGAAGGAGCACCAGCAUCCGUUCCGCACACAACCGUCAAGGCCAUUCCGAGAUGCCUCCCUCCGCCGUCGCCAACAAUGGCAGCGCCGCCCCUGCGUCGCACAGCGCCUCUCAUGGUGCCGCCGACGCAACGCACGCCUCCUCCAGCGCCAAACAGUCCAGGUCGCGCACCACCAUUCCCACGCAGUCUGGGAAGUGGAUUCUAGGCAAGACUAUCGGCGCUGGUAGCAUGGGCAAGGUCAAGCUGGCUCGCAAAGAAGACGGCAGUGAACAGGUUGCCUGCAAAAUCAUCCCUCGCGGCUCUACCGACGAUGGCCACCAGAGCCGGGCUGAAAAGGAGCGCGCAGACCAGUCCAAGGAGAUCCGAACUGCCCGCGAAGCCGCCAUUGUCACGCUUCUCCACCACCCUCACAUCUGUGGGAUGCGAGAUGUCGUCCGUACAAACUACCACUGGUACAUGCUGUUUGAGUAUGUCAACGGCGGUCAGAUGCUCGACUACAUCAUCUCCCAUGGCAAACUCAAGGAGAAGCAGGCCCGCAAGUUCAGUCGUCAAAUCGCCAGCGCGCUCGACUACUGCCACCGGAACAGCAUCGUCCACCGCGAUCUGAAGAUUGAAAACAUCCUCAUCAGCAAGACCGGCGACAUCAAGAUCAUUGACUUUGGCCUCAGCAACUUGUUCUCACCCCGCGGCCAUCUCAAGACGUUUUGCGGAAGUCUAUACUUCGCCGCUCCUGAGCUGCUGCAGGCAAGGGCAUAUACGGGGCCUGAGGUUGAUGUGUGGAGCUUCGGUAUCGUCCUCUAUGUUCUUGUCUGUGGCAAGGUUCCCUUCGAUGACCAGAGCAUGCCUGCACUCCAUGCAAAAAUCAAAAAGGGCCUGGUCGACUAUCCGAGCUGGCUUUCAACCGAAUGCAAACACCUCAUGUCCAGAAUGCUGGUGACGGAUCCCAAACAACGAGCCACUAUGCAGGAAGUCAUGAACCAUCCAUGGAUGGUCAAGGGCUUCAGUGGCCCUCCAGACAACUACCUUCCCGUUCGUGAGCCGCUCACUAGCGACCUGGAUCCCGAAGUCAUUCACGCCAUGCAGGGAUUCAACUUUGGUUCGCCCGACACCAUCCGUGCUCAGCUUCUAAAGGUCAUUGAGUCCGAGGAAUAUCAACAGGCCGUCAAGGCAUAUCAGCGGGAGAAGGAGCAGCCGCAGCCUACUAAAGACGGUGAGAAGAAACGCGGCUUCGGCUUUGACUUCUACAAGAGGAGAAAUUCCAACAGCCGCGACACCCUUAGUGGCCCAAGUUCCGAGGCGUUGCAGAUUGGCGUUGAUCCCCUCAACGCUUUCAAUCCUCUCGUCUCCAUUUACUAUCUCGUCAAAGAGAAGCAAGAUCGCGAGCAUGCGGAGAUGAACCCACCGCCGACUACAGAACGAGAGCGUGAGCGCGAGCGUGAACGUGAAAAGCUUGCUGGGGGCGUGCCCGACAUAGCACCUCCUCAAGCAGCUCAUACUAAUGCUGCCACGUACGAAAUGCCGGGCGAGAGACCUACAGGGGGACGGACACGACCUCGGGCCCGUACGCAUGGCGAAGACGACGCGCCAGACCUGGUCAAGCAGCAGCACGUGCCUGUAGCACCCGAGACAAAGGCUGAGCAGCUGCAGAAGAAGGAGGGUACAGCUGCCGGCCUGCUCCGCCGCUUCAGUACCCGGAAACGCAGGGACCCUGAUCGGGCGGAGAGAGACCGAUCUCACCCGCCCGUGGUUCACGUUCACUCGCCCCCAGAGGCAGCCCCCACGGCGCCCAGGAAGAGUUUCAGCAUCCGACGUGGACGCCGAGAGCGUGACGACCAAAGCCGUCCGGCGCUACCAUCUGGUGGCAGCCAGCCGCAACAUAGCGAGCUUCUGAGCCCCCCAAUGUCUGCUGGUGGUAUUCGCGGAUCGCGGAAGUCUGGCCUUGGACGAUCAACCAGCGUCAACUCCGCCGACCUUCGCCGACGAGACAAUGGCAGCAUGUCGGCCAGGGAGCCACCCUUGACAAGCGGCUCAGACCAAUCCGACGCAAACGAACAGUCCUCGACGGUACAGAGAGGUCACAGCCAUUCGCAAUCUGUGGCAAUGAGGGCGAAGUCGCUGGGGCACGCGCGGCGUGAGAGCGUCCAGCAGCGCCGGCUCCGUAGAGAAGCUGCCCAGGAGUCCAAUGUGCCCGAAGAAACGGACAUUGAGCAGGAGCAGAGCGGCGUUUCUACUGAUCGCCUUGACAGCGCCGAGCUGGCGAAGCCGGUCUACCUCAAGGGACUAUUUAGCGUCUCAACCACUUCUGGCAAGUCGGUUCCGGCUAUUCGCGCCGAUAUCCGAAGGGUCUUGAAGCAGCUCAACGUCGAUUAUAUCGAGAUCCGAGGAGGCUUCAGUUGCAAGUACACGCCAAGCAUUGACCUGAACAGGGUACAUGAUACCCCGGGCAGCCCGCCUGCACAGAACCCUGGGCACCGCCGCCGUUUCAGCUUUGGUGGCCUCAUGCGAGGCGAGGACCGUGAUCGCGACGACAUUCGCGAUAUCGAGCGAGCUGCUGCGACCCCAAGGACUCCUGGACGACAGGACCGGGAUCGCAACCGCGACCACAGCUACUCCAACUCCGAAGAGUCGGUGGAUAGUAUCCCCCGGAGGAGUGGAGGGGCAUCCAGGCGCGUACCUGGGGAGACGACAACGCAGGUGCAGAGCGACCUCGGGGGCAGCAUGGUGAUGGAGUUUGAGAUAUUCAUCGUCAAGGUUCCUCUGCUCUCUCUGCAUGGCAUCCAGUUCAAGAGAAUGACUGGAAACACGUGGCAGUACAAGAACAUGGCCGAACAGAUUCUCAAGGAACUUAGGCUCUGAUUGCCUUGCUCUACUCCGUCUCGUUUACUCUUGGGUACACAAGAAACAUGAGUCGAGGGGCACGUAUUGCGGGCUAUUGAUGCUGUCGGUGGGCACGCCGCACUGUUGACUUGGAGAUGGGCAUGGAGGCAAGGGAAGGUGAAAAGGGGGCGGGAAAGGGAGUCUUUCGUUUUGGCAAAGGGAGAUGGUCCUCGGCACGAUGGCGAAUCAUGACAAUUACUGCAAAAUAGAUGGAGAGGGUGCGUUUGUAUAUGGCAUGUUGCGGCAUUUCACGUACGUAGCCGGAGUUUUUCGCUUUUUCUUCUCGUUUCUUUCUCCUAUUUUGCUUUACACUC